GGUACUGUCUGGUAAUCCCCUGGCAUGUGGCUGUAAUGUAUUCAACUCGGUUGUUAACGUUAUCGAAUCAGUAAAACCCGCAGCCACAUGUAACGAACCAUCUCGAGUACGUGGUGUUACUUUCCCUCAAAAUUACCAAAACUAUAAUAGAAGAGAUUUUACCUGUGGUAAGUGGGCAGUUAACCUGGUAAAAAAGAAGAAUUUCUUAUUCCUCGAUACUUUUUGGAAUAUUUUAUUAUUUUCCCCCAAUUUUUCGCGGACAAGUGGCUCCCAUCACUAAACAUAUUUUGCAAAGUAGUUUACUAGUUUUCUCAUGAGUCAAAUGAUUUUGAAAAAUACAGUACACUGCUAGUUCAAAACGUUAAUACUUUUAAAUCUUUUAAAUCUAGGCUCUCUGACAUGGCCGUAGGUAUAAAUAUUAAGUUAGUAUAUAGCUCAUAUAUAUAUAUAUAUAUAUAUAUAUAUAUAUAUAUAUAUAUAUAUAUAUAUAUAUAUAUAUAUAUAUAUAUAUAUAUAUAUAUAUAUAUUAUUAUAUUAUUAUAUUAGGGAUGAGCCGAUACCAGAAAAAAGCCGAUUCGCCGAUCCAAUAUAAAAAAAUAAUCGGCUAUGGCCGAUAUUUCUGUGUACCGGGGUACAAGCGCCGGAUAACGGUUUUUUGACAACUUUUAAUGCUUGUAUAUACGCCACAAAUUGACGUACUAGUUUUAGUGUGUUCCGGAAAAUAUUUACUCAUAUUGGACAGUUAUCGGUCACUGUACGAGUCAAAUGAAUUAAUGGAUAUGGGAUUAAAUAUGCACAACAAAAGUGUCAAAAACAAGACGGAGUGUAGAUUACUAGAUUAUAGAGUUAUUUUUCUUAAAAAAACGAAAAAAUUGCGAAUAUCGGCAAAUAGCCGAUUAUAAAAAAUAUUUUGAAAACGCCAAAUAUCGGCCGAUUUAUCGGCCGUACCGAUUAAUCGGCUCAUCCCUAAUAUAAAAUAAUCAAUAUAAAUAUAUAUAUAUAUAUAAAACAAUCGAAAGGGAAAUCGCCAAAGAUCUUUAAGAACUCUUUUCCUCAACAAGGUUUUUAUCCACCGAAAAUGGCCACACUUUUUCUCAUACGAUCAGUAAAGACGCGGAUGAGUUAAAUAGUUUGGAGCUGUUCAAUUUUUUAGCGCCAGUUAACUUAAACGCCUCCACACCUGGAGAUUUUCAACUGCGCGUUGACUGGGAACCGACUGUGUACACGUAUCCUGUCGAAUUCUUCAAUGACACUAACGGAACUUUCGGAGUGCUUUCUGACAAUACCACGCCUCUUAAUCUUACCUAUAUUGUCACGUGUCACGAUCCAGCCAAUCAAGUCGUGGAAGGAACAACGAAUUAUACGUGGAUUGUUUUCGACAAAAGUCAUGGUAUUUUGCCGGGGCGUGAUUAUCGGUGUUCUGUGCAGACUGUUGAGGUUGUCUUGAAUGCGAGUGCACACGUGGUAUCAAGGACAAGUGUGGAUAGUCAGAUGGUUUUACAGACUACUAUUGAAGAAAAAGGUAUAGGGCAGGUCUGGAUAUACUAAUAAGGAUAAUUACCCAGAGUUCUCCGCUACUACACGACGAAAAGCGAAGCCUUUACAGUAACAGGCAGAAAAUCGAUGGGAAAUGAUACCAGUCAAUUUUUAAUCAGAAUACCAAUGGCUACGUUCUUUUCGCAGCCAUUGGAUUUUUUUGCGAUUGUUUUAAGACUUGGUCAUAUCAAAAGGGCCAACGAGAGAUUGCGCUGGCAAAACGUUUCCAGGCCCCCCCUAUGACAUCAUAAUUCUAACACGGGAAAAGCCGUGUUUUACAAUGGAGAGUUUAAGCUUCGCGUUAUACGUCAAACGGCAAACGCUAGGCAAAGAAAAAUUUUACGGUAUCAGGCAAUAAAGAGUAAAUAAACUUGCUGUUUUAAAACUGAAAUACAUAAUUAUUCUUUCGAUACAAAAAACAAAAUAUGAAACGAAAACGUUCAACGAAACUUUUGCCAAGAAAGGUCGAACCUGCCAUUUGCCGUUCCGGAAACGAGAAGCUUAAACUUCGUAAUAUAUUACACUUUAUUGCAUAUUAUCCAGCACUGACGCAGCUAAGUAGUUGUUUAUCUCAUGGACAUUUAUCCGUUCCAUGCAGGCCUCCGUUGGAGCAAACAGUCAUUACUCGGCCGAACGAUUAUUCUAAGAAGGGGCUGACACAAGGUUGAGAAAUGUCUUAAUUACCACAGGGAGGACAGGAGCUAGGGAAAUAUGCAUCAUCAAAGUGGUCUGUUAAGAUGCUUCCCAUUUGAUUUGUUCGAACUUUAUUGAUAUCGUAACUUGCGAUAACUCACAUCAGAGUUUGUUUUUCCUCAGUAGAGUUUUAUUAUAUUUCUUUUUCCUACACAUAACACAGUUCUACACAAGCGUAGAAUAAAAUAACGGUAACUAAGAAUAAGAAGAAUUGACUAUAUGAGUGAAUACCUUACAGUAUGUUUGUAAUAAAACAUAUUACCUUCGUUCUAUUUUAUAUAUGCUGCCCUAAACUAGAAUGGUUGUUUGUAGAAAUGUGAGUUUUUCAAACUUGUAAAUUGUAGUGAGUAUAUAGAUAAGAGCCAGAAUAUAGAAUAAAUAUUGAUAUAUUUCCAAUCUUUCUUAUAGCGCCAGUAAUUAAUACUACUACCAACACUUCAAACUUUUAUUUGGACAUCACAUACUAUGAUUUCAGGUACGUUGAUGCUUGAUUUGUGAACUAUAUAUUCUAAAAUAACUGUUUCAGCUCCGUUUAAUAGAAUGAAUCGCUCCAGUUCAUAUAUAGAGCAAAAUCGUUGUACUCGAAAAAAACUACUUUUUUCACGUGCAACUGAUCUGAGGUAAAAUUACAUCCAGGCAAUCUCAUAUUGUAGGCAUUGAAUCCAGUCACAGAUGUAACUCCCCACUAUUACCUUCUGCAUGAAAAGCCAAUUAAAUGUUUACAAUAUAGCUAUAAAGCCAUAUUUUAUCAUUGUGAAAUCGACUUUGUGUUAUUUUUCCCCAAUUACAGAGCCUCGGAGGCGGAAUUCGUUAGCGUAAAAUAUGUCGGAAUUUUGCCUAACCCAAAAUACAUUGCAAGCCCAUUUGAGAGCUGGUUAUCUCACGAUGGUCAUCCGGAGUAUUCUGACUGGUUUCGAAGUGAUUCCGCAAGAAACCGGCACUACACGGAGUCUAUCGAACUAUCAAGCACGCACGAUGUGGAUAAAAAUAGAAAUCGUGUGUAUCGGUAUUUUUCGACAGAAUUUUAUCCCGUCAAUGGUCGGGGGUUUGGGGCAGAGGGACAACGAGAUUGCGUGACCAAUGCUUUGACAAAUUUUGG